AUGCCCAUCGAAGUAACAGACCUCACCGAGGCAGAUAUCCCCGCCGCCAUUGAGAUCAUUCAGACGGCGUUUGCAGAAGAUCCGUAUUUCAAGUGGGUGUUUGAUGCUGAGAAUUUCAACAAGCAGCGCAAUCACGAUUCCCUAGCGGUGCGAUGUCGCUGGGGGAUCAACAAUGCCAUCUUCCAAGUUGCGACAGACACAUCAAAAUCCCCAGGAGGAAAGAAGAUAGUGGGCGUCUCCUGCUGGCUCCCACCUACCCCCGCUCACACACCAGAGACAUGGUACAGCUGGACGCAAAACUGGCUUCUCAGCUUUCGCCAGACGCUCAACAACGUAUGGCAUUUCGGACGGGGCGGACUCCGCACCAACCGCUACUGGAUCUGGAAGGAGCGGCAGCAUGAAGCGCAGAGCCAGAUCUGGGAUGAUCCCAAGGGAUACUAUUUCUGCAAUAUUGUGGCGGUGCAUCCGGAAUGUCAGGGUCUGGGGGUGGGGAGGAAGCUCUUUGAGGCGGUGACGGAUCGGGCGGAUCAGGAGGGAGUCAAGUGUUAUUUGGAGAGUUCGAGGAAUGUGCCGAAUGUGCAGAUUUAUGAGAAGAUGGGGUUUGAGAUGAGGAGGGAGAUGGAGUGUAGGGAUGGGGGGGAUGUUUGUAUGCUCUAUUGUAUGGUUCGUGAGCCAAAGGCUAAGUCGGGAUAG